AUGAGAGUUAGUAAGGCCUGUGACAGAUGUCGUACUCAAAAGAUUAAAUGUUCUGGUACUCACCCUUGUAAUACCUGUGUUAAACAUAAGAAAGAGUGUACAUUUUCUACAAACUAUCAUGCUAGUGCUGCUGGAAGUACCACUACCAAUACUGGAUUUUCUGCUAACGGAAAGAGUACCUCUGAUCACCCCUUGAAUAAACGCCAGAAAACUGUGAUGAAUGUUGAACCAUUUGGAUUACCCCAGAUGGAUAGAAACCACGACAAGGAGUACGUUGCUCAUCUUGAAAACAGAGUUCAAUAUCUUGAAAGUUUGUUGACUCAAAACAUGUCACAAACUUUCCGAGAACCAAGGAUUUCUGAACCUGAAAAUGUCCAGGUUGAAGAAACAUUAUUUGCAAGUAGUAGUAAAUGGAGAUUUUCAAGACGCCAUCAGAAUUUACUUAUUGUGGAAUUAUGCCGGUCAAUGUUUGCUAAUUUAUCUGAGGAACUGAAGAAAUUAGUGACUAUUCCAAGAACUCAAUAUUUUGGUUGGAAUAUGUCAGGCGUGCAUUAUGUUAAUUCCGAUGAGUUGCCUCCUAUCCCUGAUUUUACUAAUUGCCCUAAAUUCAAUCCUCAAGAAUUAAUCGAUUAUUACUUUCGUGAAUUGAAUUCAUUAUUUGCUGUCUUACAUGAAACUGUAUUUAGAGAACAGUACCAAGCAUACUAUAAGCUAUUACAAGAACAACAGUUGAACAAGUCAAAUGAUAGAGAUGCCAAAACUAACCAAACAAGAUUGUUUAGUGCAAUAUUAUAUCUUGUAUAUGCUUUGGCUAUACGUUUCAGUGAGGUACAAAAGCCAAAGGGUCCAAAUAUUGAGAUGUUACAAUUUGAACUGAAGUUAUUCAAAUAUGGAUACAAAGUUGUAUCCAUUCUUAGUUUUGAAUGGGAGUCAUUUGAACUUAUCCAAGCAUGGUUAUUGAUCGGUCUUUAUCUUAGAGUCACCCACCGUCAAACUUCUUCUUCUCAUGCAUUUGACUCUGCUAUAGUUAUGACUAAAUCAAUGGGAUUAGGGUUUGAAGAAAGCAACCCUAAAAUGCUCGCCUGUACCGCGUAUGAGCGUGUCAAGGCCAACAGAAUCUUUUGGUGUGUUUAUACGUUUGACAGGAUCUUUGGAUUGUUGACUGGUAGAUAUUGUGGUAUCAGAGAAGAAGAUUUUGAUAGACGAUUCCCCAGUUAUGAUGACUUUAAGAUCGAUACAUUUAAAGAUGAUUGGAUGACAUUCCCGGCUAUGGCAUUGCUACAUGUUGCAAGAAUUGCAAAUUUUGUACAUACUGCGCCCAAUGACAAUCCCGACUUGAUCAAAUAUCAACAAAUCAAUACAGAAUUGGCUAAAUUACACGAUUGGUUUAAUUCUAAUGGAUUUAGAAAUGAUUUGUUGUUUAACAAGGAAGAUGACACAAUCAGUUCUUUAGUCAAAGCUCAGGUCAAGUUGCACUAUUACGAUUUGGUUUUAUGUAUUCAUGGGAAAAUCUUGUUUAAUUAUAUCGGAAGAAGAAUUACAAGUCAUGGAUUGAAGAUUGAAAUGGUGAUCGAUGCAAGUAAUGGUGUCCUUGAGGUAUUGGAUAAAGUUAAUAAAGCCGGGUUGUUAUACACCCCAUGGUAUUCUACCUUGUUAUUGUUGUUUAACGUCGGAGUUUGUGCUCUUACGCUUAUCAAUGGAGGGGUUUUUGUGGUACAAGCCCGUGAUCUUCUCAAGAACACUAUCAGAUUAUUUACAAUAUUACGGAAAUCACCAGUUAGAAAUGAUCAAGGAAAACUUGUAUUUAGAGAAAGGUUCAAGAUGGUAAGAGAGUGUAUUUGGGCACUUAAAAUGGCCAACAGAAUUUUGACCCUUCGUAUUCAAGAAGAUAUGACUGCCUUGAACAACAUUGGAGUGGACCAUGGAUCAUCUGAAGUCAAUAAACAGACAUUUACCCAAUUAGGUGUAAAUUCAACGGAGGUGAACAAGAAAACUAAUAAUGAAUUCAAUAAAGUUUUCGAAAAGCAAUUACAUCGUAACGACGACGAAGACGAAGAUGAAGAAGAUGAAGAGUUUAGACCACGUGAAUUAAAAACCCCUAUCCUGCCCAACCAGGAACAUGCAACUCCUUCGUCAAUUACUUCUGUGGACAAUAGCUCUGCAUUUGGUGGCGUUAAUUCAGGAGACCCAAUUGAUUUUUACGUAAACAACAAUGGCCAUGAUUUAUUAGGCAAUAUUCAAUGGUUUGAUCAAUGGAUGGAUUUUAAUUACGAUUUUGGUGAGCAGAAUGUAUAA